AUGGCCGCCUACGAUAUCAAGGGCAAAUAUGCCAUCGUCACUGGUGCUGGGUCCGGUAGCAGCUUCUUGAAUCUUGAGGGAGGCUGCUCGGUCACGAUAGCCGAUGUGAAGCUUUGGCCCGAAGCCGAGGCUCUUGUAACCAAGUACGCCUCCAAAGACGCCACCACACCGGUCGAUUUUCACAAAGCGGAUAUUAGUGACUGGGGACAGAUCGCCUCUCUGUGGAAGAAGACUCUCGAAACGUUUGGACGUAUUGAUAUUGUGGUCAACGGUGCUGGCGUCUACGAGCCACCCUCUAGCACGUUCUGGAACGCGCCUGGCAUCUCGCCUCUAGCUGAGGAUAAGGUAGACGCCUCACCAGGCGUCUAUCAUACAUUCUCAGUAAAUGCCAUAGGACCUAUCCACCUCGCUCAGAUUGCCAUUGAUUACUGGCUGGAGAACCGGAACCCCUCGGACGGUGGUGGACGCCUGGGCAGGCUUGACGAAGCAUAGUCCAAAGUGUAGUCCCACGAUGUGCAAUGCUCCACUCGGUUCGAGGUGCCGAAUUGCUUGGUAUGAGAGCUUCUCUGCAUCUCUACAGACCUAGUCGUGUGUCGAAGGGACACUACACCUUCCCCAGAAAAAUGGGCGACAGGGGACCAACGAAGUGUCUGUAGCUGCUGUGUUUUGUUGCAUCAAUCGUAGCGUGCCGUGUUCCUGAUUCUGGGUCCACGGAGAAGAAACUACUGUUCUGUUUGAGAGCUCGUCGUUGUGGGACAUCGCAAACGUCCUUGCGAUGAUGGGCAAACCCUAAACCCAGCU